CCUGGAUGCAGAAGAAGAAGAAUGGUCGCAGGGCGCGCGCUCUGCGGUGGCGCGCACAAAGAGGAACUGGGAAGGCGGAAGAAGAAGAGGACGUAGAAUAAACGUGAUAACUUGUGUGUGACCGGCCUCAAGUCCAGUUCUAGCGCAGCGCCCGUUCUGUAAAGUCCGCCAUUGAAGCGGCCUGGCUGCGUUCACGCGCCCCACGAGUGGACGCGCCCGUGCAGUCCCGCGGGUUCAACAAAGUGACGCAGAACUCGAGUGAAAGUGCAGCGAUCGCGUGAGAACGGUGGAGACAGGUGGAGCGGGACUUCCACCUCCUGCUGGGAGACGAGGCCUGACGGCGCGCACGACUCGACGCUAACGAACAUGUCGGCCCAGGCGCAGAUGCGAGCCAUGCUGGACCAGCUGAUGGGGACGGGGAGAGACGGAGACACCAUGCGGCAGAGGAUCAAGUUCUCAGAUGAUCGGGUCUGUAAAAGCCACCUCUUGGAUUCAUGUCCUCACGACAUCCUGUCCGGCACCGACGUUUACAGAAGCUCCAUGCCGGCCUCCAGCUUCCAGCAGCAAAAACUGCGAGUGUGUGAGGUGUGCUCAGCCUACCUGGGACUCCACGACAACGAUCGGCGGCUGGCGGACCACUUCGGGGGCAAGCUUCACAUCGGUUUUAUCGAAAUCCGAGAAAAGCUUGACAAGCUCAGGAAAGCCGUCACAGAGAAACAAGAGCGAAUGCGUCUGAAAAGACGGGAGGAGCGGGAAAGAGAAGAAGAAAGGGAGCGACAGUGGGAGAUGGAGCGGGAGAGGGAGCGGGAGCGGGAACGACAGCGAGAGUGGGAGAGAGAGCGAGAGAAGAGGAGGUCCAGAUCUAGAAGCGGAGAGCGGUACAGGGAUGAAGGGAGUUCGUCGUCCCAUCGUUCAAGACGUCACCGCUCCUCUCGUCCCAGAGAAGACGGCGCCGAUCGGGACAGGGAGCGAGAGAAGAGGCAUCGACACAAAGACCGACGUCGCUCGCGCUCCCACUCUCACAGGCACAAAAAGAAGAGAUCCCCCAGAGACGGGUCGUCCCACGCUCACGACAAAGAGCGCUCGCCGUCCCAGGAGGGGUUGAAGGAGCGUGCAGGAGAGGGGUGGCGAGACAACAAGGCGGAGUGCGGCGACUGGGAGGACAAGGAGCGCUCCGUUUCUCCGGACGUGACCGGCAGCAGGGAGCGAGAGAGGUCCCUGUCGUACGAGCGAGACAGACGUUCCAGCUCCGAGGAGCGAGAGUCUGGGGAGAUCUGAGCACGAGUCCGGUUUGAAUGCGUCGAGUAAAAAGGAGCAUGAGACCUGGACAGAGUGCUGGUGCAGUUUGUUUGUCGGCCUGACGCUCGUUCAGGUCCGGGCGUUCAUACGGACGGUGGCAGUCGAGGGAAACGCACGAGACCCACGGAGAGCUGUGCACUCUCAUUUUCAAAGUCAUGCCAUCAACCUGACCUGCCGUUGUUCACCGUGACCUGGACGAGUUAACGGACUGCAGCCCGAAGUUUCAUUCAGUUUAUUUUUUGUUACGUGACGUGUUUUUAUUUUUUAUUAUCAGUUGGAUGUCGGAACACGUUCUGCUGCCUGCAGCUCGUUAGGCUGUUGAGAACAAGAUCCAUCCUCUGAAGGGAGACAUCUGGAUACUUCUCCCCGCUUUCGGACUAAUGACAUGCGUGUCGCUACU